CUAAGCCUACAGUCAGUCAGAGAUGUCAUUUUACAGUAAGGCCUCCAUGCGUGUAAAGUUGUCACUCUGCAGAGGAGACAGUUGAGUCACUUGGUAGAAGUUGUUCUUGUGGUUUUAAGGCCAGAGCUCCCAGGCGCUUCUUCACGAGCAGCGCCCGCCGUUUUAACGUGCGAGGCAAGUAAAGGCCCACGGCCCUCUCUCAGCUCACGCACCGGCAGAGGAUGUUGAGGAGGUGCCUCCGCUUGCAUGGUUUGGAAGUGUAGGAUCCAAACUCUGUAGGAUGGUCUCAGCCUGCAGCUGAGGCCUCGUUCAUCAGCCUACCUGUUUUACCUCCUCAUCUCCACGUCUCCGCGGCCCGUCCACAUCCGUCAUGGUCCGCCUCCACAACGUUCAGUACUCCAGCUUCCUGCAGCAGGCGGAUACCCUCCGUGGCUCAGGCUCUCUCUGCGAUGCCGUCAUCUCGGUGGACGGCCGGGCGUUCCGGGCCCACCGUCUGGUGCUGGCGUGUGCAAGCCGGCGGCUGGCUCGGCUGCUCGGCCAGGGGGGAGCCGUCGACCAGCCCGUCAGCUGCACCCUGGACCUCUCCCCCGACACCUUCCAGCAGCUCCUGGACUUCAGCUACUCCCAGGCCCUGGAGGUCCCGCCGUCCGACUUGCAGCAGCUGCUGAGGGCCGCCCAGCUCCUGGAGAUGCGGCCGCUGGAGGAGCAGUGCCGGAGCCAGCUGGACGCCCUGGAGCGCCGGGCCGGCCAGGCGGAGCACACCAAGGAAACGGGAGAAGAGGUGGAGACGGGAGGAUCCGAGGAGAGAGACGAGGGGCAGGCAUCCAGAGGAGGGUUCGUUCCGAAAGGGGAGCCCCAAGACGGAGCUCCGUCUCCCCCCGGGAAGGAGCACGAGGGAGGGGCGGUCAGAGAGACGACUCCAGCUGCUCAGACCAAGGGCUCCAGCCCACCUCCUUUGAAGAAGAGGCCCCUGGUAGUUCUACCCACGCCCGUGAGUACCCCCUCCAGGGACAGCGUCAUCGCCAGCACUGCCACCUGCCAUGGCGCCCGCUCGCCAUCCAGGUACAGGUGGCACUCGGUCAACACCCUGAGAAGAAUGUCCCUCAGUUACUCCGACCUCGUGGCUUCUCAGCCCUUCCACCGAUCCCAGCAGUUUGUGCCGUACUCUUUUCCUCUUUCCGCACAGCACAUGUACCCCCUGCUCGCCUCCCCCUUCCCAGCCCAGGUCCACAACCCUUUUGUGGGCUACCCAAGCAUCAUCCACCCCGACACACACUCCAUCCUGGCCGGCUCGCCAGAGCUGGGGGACAUACUCAAACAGGAACUGGAGAGGAAACCGGACACCUCCGAAAAAGUUUUGAUGGGGGAAGAACAGGAAGAAAGACCAAGGUUCCAUGAGGAACUUGCCGACCGAGCGCUGAGGACCCAAGGUUGCCAGCUCUGCAGUAGAUCCUUCCAGGAGAGACCAUGGUUGCAUGCAUCACCCACCGCCCGCUCAGUGGCCUCUGUAGGUUGUGGGUUUUGUGGGCAGGGCUACAAGUUGGAGCCCUCCCUGCGUCCCCAGCGGCGAGGACACGGCCUGGAGAAGCCCUACCAGUGCAAGAGUUGCCCUAAGAAGUUCAGCCUGAAACACCAGCUGGACACACACCACCGCGUACACACAGGAGAGAAGCCCUUCGAGUGUCGCCUGUGCGGGCAGCGGUCACGUGACUACUCGGCCAUGAUCAAGCACCUGCGCACUCAUGGCGGGGCCACGCCCUACCAGUGCACGGCCUGCCUGGAGUACUGCAGCAGCCUGGCCAUCAUGCAGAAACACCUGAAGGAACACCCUCUCCAGGACUUCCCCUCAGACUGGACCAUCAACAGAACCUACCUGUACACCAGCCACACCUGACUCCCACAGGAGCCCCCGGCCUCCCCCUGACAGACUCUUGAUCCACCAGCCGGGACAGUCGUAGCUCAGGAAAUGGCUAUGUUGGUUGUGUUUAUUUGUCAUAGUGAGAGAAAAACGUCUGUAUUUUUUAUUUAUUUUUAUGUCAAGGUUCAUAUGUAGAGGAGUCUGACACAUGUAGAAUGUAAUGUACAUAACCGGUCAUAAUACACCAUAUAGGACAAAAGCAUUGGGACAGCUACUCAUUACACUUGCAGGAGAUUUUAUGGCAACCCAUUCCGCAUUCUCGUGGACAGCCUUCCAGAAGAGUGGAACAUGUUAGUCAUAUAGUUGUGAUGGUCAGGUGUCCCAAUACGUUUGUCCAUACAGUGUAGUUCAUCUCAAGGGUCUUCAAAUCCACAGUGAGUGUAUCUGCACAAGACCUCCACUAGAGGGCAACAGUGUCUCACUGUCCCUUGGAACACAGUGAACACAGCAUUAGCUGGUCUGGCAGCAUAAACUAAUUUAUAACACACUUUCAUGCUCCCCCGGAAAGAACCUGUUUAAUGUAUCUUUGAAUUUUGCAUUUCUGUUUGUUAAUUCUGCCAUUUAAAAAGUGUUUUUUUUACAAUUGUUCUGUUUUUUGUAGUUAUAUGUUUUUGUUUAUGCAAGUUCAUUGUAGUUUCAUAUUGAAUGAAAGUGGUUUUGACCAGACACAUUUAUCUCUCUGGUAUUUCUUUGGAAUAAAGAAUAAAAAUGGUCAACAACUAAACAAUACAUUUUAUUUUCAAAUAUUUCUCCCCUUUUUACAUUUUAUGGCUAAUAAUUCACAGACGUAGAAGACUAAUGUCUAUACCAACAUAUCAGGGGUGGGCGGUUCCCCAUCUUGGAUCAAAUGUAACAAUAAACUGUACAUACAAUUUGAAACCACAAUAUCUCAAAGCAUUUUAACAGGCAAUAUGCAGUGCUGUUAUCAUGUAUCACCUGGUCCAAAGUAAUUACGGUAAUUACAGAUACAGUACCUGAUGUUAUUAUCAUCAGUGUUGAGUAGUGUGUAAAAUCACUAUGAAAGCAGCAUAUAUAACAUUUUGCAUAAACAGCAUAUAUAACAUUUAACAUAAUAAAGCGUCAUAAUAAGUCAUUACUCAGUACAUACAUUUUAAACGGUCACAGUGUUAAACUGUUGUUGCCGUGGGUGUGUAACCCCCAAGAUCACGUGGGACGGAGCUCCCCUCUCCUUCUGGAUGUUGUGGAUGGUGAAUCCCCCGUGCCUCAGUGACGCUGCCUGGCCACAAAGUAAA